CACUCUUUAGGAUUCGAGGUCUCGUCCAAAAAUGGCUGUGGAGAAACAAUUAUGAAGAUGUGUCGAUCCACUCAUCUAAUUAAUGAGGCGCAUGCUGCAAAUUAACCAAGGGUCCUCUGAUCGAGCCGGAGGAUAUUUCUGGAAGGUGAGCAGAGGACUGUGGAAGGAGAAGAAGAGAAAGAAGAGGAUUGUUAGCCGUCUUGGGACAGGGACACUGAAGAUUUUUGGGGAUCUUCAGUGACACUGUGGCAGACAUGAAAACCCAAGAGCACCGUUCCAGCCCUCUGAAAUCACACAUACAGAGUGAUGCACGAACCCACUCCCAAAUGAAGGGUCUCCAGUUUCGCAGCAUUGCCCCCAAAGCCCCAGCAGUGGUUCCAUCAUCUGCUGUUUUGUCCUGCCAACCACCCUCAGCCCUUCCAGAAGCAUCCACGGCUGUCAGCCCCAAAUCCAUCUUGGUCCCUGCCCAGAACUAUGCACUCAUGCAGGUGGCUGGACAAGAGGGGACCUUCUCAUUGGUGGCCUUACCUCAGACACAACAGCAACAGCCAAUCCAGAAGAACCUUAAGCUGCCUAUUCCUAGGUACCAACCAGUGAGAAGCAAAAGCGCUCCAGAAAAAGGCGGUAACAAGAUUCAGAGUCCAACAAAGGUUUCUGCAACCACACACGCUCAAUCAUCUAUUUUAAAAACAGAACAGAGUUCAGAGCCACUGUCUGAGCAGCUAGUUUUGCCUGACACUCCUGCUUCAUCUGAUAUUAGCAUUGCACCCCUGCUGCCAGCUUCACAUGUGGAUCAAAAAGUGGAACAAAAGAGCGAUGUCGGCCCACUCAGAAACCAGCCUUACCCUUCAGGAACCUCCCUUGUUGCUUCCAUCAAGAAAAUCUCACCAGUUAAAACACAAAUAGAGUGUCCAGCCUCUGCUGGCAGUGCCAUCACAGUCCUCUCUCCCACUAUCUUUAGCAAAGCUGUUCAGAUCAUUCCAUCUCCACCCAAGGGCAAGCUGCCCAUCCUACCCUAUGCCAAGGUGAAGAACUCCCUUCUGGCACCAACCAGCCUUGCCAGCACCCCAUUUUCAGACAAGCAGACUGUAAGUUGGGCCAAAAGCAGCCCGAAAAACCCUACUGAAAACAAAGUCAAGUUCAUAAAUAACAAAGUUAAAACCGAAAGCCUUAGCCAAGAUCUCAAUAACACCCAGUUUAAGAAACCUUCAGGCAAAAAACCAGGGAGGAAGAGAAAGACCAUGGAGGACAUUUUAGCCUUCGAGGCCAGAAAGAAAAGAUCCUUGUCGUUUUUCAGGAGGAGGGUACCUGAGAAACCUCCACCUGGUGUGCAGAAUUCUGCCUCUCAGCAGAAGUUCCUGGACAUAUCUAAAAAGUAUCGAAGUAUUCGUCCCAAGCCUGUUCUAGUAAUGGAAGCAACUAUUCCACAACUUGUACCCCUUCCAUCAAUGUCCGCAUCAGAUAACCCUGAUCAGGAUCUCUUAGCAGGACAGCAGAUAUCAGGGAAAACAUUGAGCGAACCACAGUCUUCACAAGCUACUGAUCGGCAGCCUGUGCUUAAUUGUAAAGUUAACAGUGGAGUCAUUUACACAUCAAGUCGUCUGCUGCACCGAUGUCCUACCUGCAACAGGUGUUUCCAGUUCAAACAUCACUUGCAGAGCCACAUGAACAGCCACAGUAACCUCCGGCCCUAUGUCUGCCCAGUGUGCAGGAAGGCCUACGCUCACUCAGGCAGUCUCAGCACUCAUAUGAAACUCCACCAUGCGGAAAGCAAACCCCGGAAGAGCCUUUGCUGUGAAUUCUGUGAGAAAUCUUUUGGCUAUGUUGGUGUCUACUUCAGCCAUUUGAGAGAGGUGCACCGGGUAAUACUUACCGUUGAGCCGUCCAUCAGUCAACAUGAAGAAAGCAUUUCAGUUGAAGAGUCUUCGGAAGUUGAUGAACAGGCCUCAGAACAGCGCGUUGACCCAGUGGAGCUACAAAUUAAGUGUGGGCGCUGCCAGGCCAUCACACCUACCUUUGCUGACAUGAAGCUGCAUUUAUUGUACGUCCACGGGGAGGAGGUCCAGGUGCGACUAAGGGACGGGGCCAUGCACGGGGGCCGGGAAGCUGAGGAUGAACUGGUCAAGCAUGCAGCGCAUUACUGGAGGCAGCUCAAUGAGAAACGCAAUCUUGUUCACUGCGGCACCUGCAACGAGGAGUUCUUUUCCUUUUCCAAGUUUAAACACCACCUCCAUUCUAACCAUCAAGAGAGUCCAGAAGAGGAGGAGGAGGAGGAGGAGAAAGAAGAAAAGAUGGUGAUAGAUGGCUCAUGUUUUCGAAAUAUAUUUGCAUAUUGAUAUAGGUAAGAAUUAGAACAGUGCUUUGUCUUAACACUUUUGCUUUUAUGCAGUGGCUAAUUUGUUAAAUUGUACAUCCAAUUUUGCUCUUCCUUUCUCUCUCUCUCUCUCUCUCUCUCUCUUUCUCUGACAACACUGAUGAUUAUCAAUUCAGCAUGCUUAACCCUUGUGCACUGUUCAAAUGUACUACCCUUUUGUUAUGGUAGUGAUGAAAACAUCCAUUGAAUUAAAUUGCUGUAAAAAUGCAUCAGAUUAUUUUUUUCAUAAUCUGUUAAUCAACCUCAGUCCUGAUCAAAACUACUAAAUUGUUUAGAAAAUUACAGGAUUUUAACUCUUUAUUUGCUAAAUUCACAAUUUGAUGUCACUGAUCUGGUGAAGAAAAAAAACACAUAAAAAUUACAUUUUUUAAUAUAAAAAUAAUUGUGGGCUGGUUUUUUUUACCUUUUAUUUCAGUCUUGGAGAUGAGAAACAAUUAGUUACAAUAUUGUCUUUGAUGCAUUGCUAGAUUUUCAUUAUUCCCACUUAUUUACUGUUGGUGGCUGUUUUUCCCCAUUGACUUCCAUUAUACGCACAUUUGAUGUUGCAUAAAUACAGUCUUUGUUUUUGUUUGCUCCAUGUAGUUCUGAGAGCUGAGAUGCAUAUUUGGAUUUUCUCAGACACAUCAAGGAAAGUGCGUAAAGGUCACUCUCACACACUCAGACACACAUACACACUUUUAUUUGCUGUUUUGCACCAUAUAAAAUCCAAAAACUACGCUUUUUUUUUUGGCACAGGCCCAUCUGAAGGGUAAAUUGUGCCAACUGAUGAUCAACAGUAAAAAUGACAAAUUUGACCUCUUCCCAACAGGGAAAACCACCAACAAUAAAAAAUGCAUGAUUAUAUGGUGUCAUGGUUUUGUAAUAAAAAAUGUGGUUAUAAUGGAAGUCAAUAGGGCAAAGCCACCAACACAAAAUUAGGGAGAAAACUAUAUAUUUAAUCAAAAAGAAUACAUCAAAGGCAAUGUUGUUUUACAUUUCCAAGACAUUUCUAAAAGAUU